AUGGAAAUGUUUAAAGGUGAAGUCAUGAAGAAAGAGCUGGUAAAAAUUAAUUUAAAGAAAGAAAAAACAGAUCAAGAAGUUUAACAAAUGAUGUAUAAAGAAAUAAUGUCCUUUAACAAGAUAAUAAAAAAUAUGGGUAAAUUUUAGAUAGAUUUUAUUUGAGCAAGAUAUUGUUUUAGGUAGAGGUAAGGUUCUAAUUUAUGGGAUAAGUCCAAACAUUUAUAGAUUGAAAAAGAAUAAUAUUUUAACUUAUGUAUUUUAAAGGAGAUGGGUUUCACAUUUUUAGUAAAUUUAUGAGAACCUUAAUUAAGAGAUAUUUAAACCAAAAGUCUUAAUUAUAGAGAGUAAUGACUGUGUAUUUGAAUCUAUAUCAACAAGAAUAAUUUUAAUUGCAAGGGUAAAAGUGCAUUAAAUGUAAUAUGAUUUACAGGUAGUAUAUGAAUUUGGACAGAUUAAUCAGAAAUCUAAAAGUUUAAGAGAAUAAAAGAAUGGUUUUGAAUUUGAUAAAGCUAAAAUUUACUUAAGAUUCUUAUGAAAUAAUUUUAUUUUGGGUGC